CAGCGCAGCAAAAGCAAAGGAAAAAACCACCAGACGGACCAGGGGCCCCAGAAUCCCCGCCAUAGACUCAGAACUUUUACAGGUCGAGCUGUGACGAACACUCUCCCAUUCGCCCCCAAGUCCUCCUGCAGAGCAGGGUUUUGCAUUUCCCGCUGCAAGCAGCGGGAACAGCAGUUGCAAGCAGCAGCAGGUGCAGAUAGGCGGGGGUCUCCUGCUUCUUGGAACCGUGACCCGUGGAAUUCCUUUCCUUUUUCCAUUCCCACGCAGUAGAGACGCUGUCUCCGGAUUUCUGAACUCAAAUGCUUCCUGACGCUUGAAAGUGGAGGAAUUCGGAGCCACAAGAAGCAGACAGCCCAUCUAGAAGCAUUUAUCUUCUGAGCUCCAAUUCUCCUGCUUUCAAGGAAAGAGUUCUGCCCAGAAAGAGCCUGUAGCCCUCCUGCUUGGUUAAGCAGGACCCCGACUCCGGGGGCGGCUUAACCACUUAGUGGAAGAAUGGAUAAUGUCCUCCAGGUAGACUCAGACCUCUUCCCAAAUAUCUCCACCAACACCUCGGAGCCCAACCAGUUCGUGCAGCCGGCCUGGCAAAUAGUCCUUUGGGCAGCUGCCUACACGGUCAUCGUGGUGACCUCUGUCGUGGGCAAUGUGGUGGUGAUGUGGAUCAUCCUGGCCCACAAGAGAAUGAGGACAGUGACUAACUAUUUCCUGGUGAAUCUGGCUUUCGCAGAGGCAUCCAUGGCUGCGUUCAACACAGUGGUGAACUUCACCUAUGCUGUCCACAACGAGUGGUACUAUGGCCUGUUCUAUUGUAAGUUCCACAACUUCUUCCCCAUCGCUGCUGUCUUCGCCAGCAUCUACUCCAUGACGGCUGUGGCCUUCGACAGGUACAUGGCCAUCAUCCAUCCCCUCCAGCCCCGGCUCUCAGCCACGGCCACCAAGGUGGUCAUCUGUGUCAUCUGGGUCCUGGCUCUUCUACUGGCCUUCCCCCAGGGCUACUACUCAACCACAGAGACCAUGCCCAACAGAGUUGUGUGCAUGAUUGAAUGGCCCAAACAUCCCGACAAGAUCUACGAGAAAGUGUACCAUAUCUGCGUGACUGUGCUGAUCUACUUCCUUCCCCUGCUGGUAAUCGGCUAUGCGUACACCGUGGUGGGCAUCACGCUGUGGGCCAGCGAGAUCCCUGGGGACUCCUCAGACCGCUACCAUGAGCAGGUCUCUGCCAAGCGCAAGGUGGUCAAGAUGAUGAUCAUCGUGGUGUGCACUUUCGCCAUCUGCUGGCUGCCCUUCCACAUCUUCUUCCUCCUGCCCUACAUCAACCCCGACCUCUAUCUGGAGAAGUUCAUUCAGCAGGUCUACCUGGCGGUCAUGUGGCUGGCCAUGAGCUCCACCAUGUACAACCCCAUCAUCUACUGCUGCCUCAACGACAGGUUCCGUCUGGGCUUCAAGCAUGCCUUCCGGUGCUGCCCCUUUAUCAGUGCCGGUGACUACGAGGGGCUCGAAAUGAAAUCCACCCGUUACCUCCAAACCCAGGGCAGCGUGUAUAAGGUCAGCCGCCUGGAGACCACUGUCUCCACAGUGGUGGGGGCCCACGAGGAGGAGCUGGAGGAUGGUCCCAAGGCCAUACCCUCAUCCCAGGACCUGGCCUCCAAUGGCUCCUCUCGCAGCAACUCCAAGACCAUGACAGAGAGCUUCAGCUUCUACUCCAACAUGCUCUCCUAGACCACAGGUCCUCAGCGGGGGCGGCCACCACCAUCUGUGUCUUGCUUCAACUUCAUGCAUGGAUAAUGCCUUGAUCUAGAAACCAUCAGAAACACCCUCACAUUGGGGCUUGUAAAAAAAA